AUGGCGGUGCCACAGCUGCAGUUUAAGGACUGCGAGCUAGACUCCAUCACUCUUUCGUGGGAGCGGGCCGAAGGCACCGGCUAUAAACUGGAAUUCCGGGAGAUUCUUGUUUCGGAUUGGGCAGGAUGUCGCUCGAUUGCAAUAGCGCCAGAACAAUCUUCGUCUACGGAGAUGAGCACCAAGGUUACUGGUCUCAACCCUUCUUCUUCCUACAUUUUUCGGCUCUACACGGUUACAGCUGCCGGCCAGGAGGUGGGCCCCGGGCCAGAAAUCGCUUUUGAUACCGAAGUUGUGUCGUGCGCACCAACAAAUAAAUCGUGCUGCACGAUUUCCUAACGAUGGAUGAGUCAAGACUACCGGAGAAAGUAAGUGAGUGGGUGAGAAGCAAUAAAGUUGACUUCAAAAAGCCUGGCGUCGACGUUAUCUUGUUCCAAUAGAAGCCCGCGGCGUGCGCGAUUGCUUACUGCCCUUCUACUCUAAGCUCCGUUUUCGUUGAUGGGCCUUCUUCAUGCGUCGGCAAGGGUUCGUUGACUGUAUUUUGGGAAGCAGGGAAGUUGCUGUGCUUUUUCGCGAAUGGCGUCGUUUCGUGUCUGUCAUGCGAGACCAGGUGGUCGUAACGUAUCAGGUGUCGAUGCCCAUCAUUCCAGGUGUUAGUUUGUAGAUAUGUUGAGGUUCUGCAUGCACAGGGCUCAAGCAAGGUAGCGCAUGAGGCUUCGGCAUUGGCCGUUUUUUGGGGGGGGUUUGUCGUCUCUACGUUUUUUCUCUCUG